AUGUCUCUGCAGGUGGCCUUUGAGCCAGUCUAUGCUCGCGUGAAAACGACAACCGCUGCCGAUUCGAGGCACAAAAAUAAGGUACCAGACGUGGCUGUGAUGAACCACAAUAGCCUACUGCGUAUAGUAGGCGAGUUGAAAACACCCUGGAGUGACAAGCAUUAUCUCGAAGGUGAUUACAGAAGGAAAUAUCCUCUGCGAUGGCUCAGGACAAUGGUUCGCCCCUCCGGAAAGAAUCUUGUCAUCUUCAUGGACAUCAUUGUGGAUGCCCAGGAUGUCCAUGACGUUUUAUCAGACAAGGUUCCCAGCCGUGUCAGGCUGAUAUCCGGCAGGCUCUUCUCCGCCGUUUCCAGUGUGGCCAUUACUUGCCGUUUAUUCUAUGCUGGAAUAGAACUGACAUCGUCGAAGAACCAUAGAUCUACAUCUGCGUCUGAUCGCCAAGGGGUCGAUUCAAAAUGGCGCAUGACCAUCAAGAUCAAUCAUUUCCCUAAAACCCUCAAAGGAAAACAUGUUGAAGGGGCAUACUACCAAAUUGGUAGGGCCUACGAGAUCAGAAGAGGAUAUGCUCUUUAG